GAGAGGCGGGAGGCUCGGCUCUGAUAGUAAACAAACACGUCUCUAGUCUCUCCUCACAGUAUUAAUGGUCUUUAUUUUGUUAAUUAAUGGCCUGAACAGUAGUAAUGGCGUCUCUUCUGCCAUCUGAAGUAGCCAGGCUUGUGUUAGGUUUUUUAGAGGAAAACAAGUGCCAAAAAGCAUCAGAAUGUCUCCUAAAAGAAUUACCAAUGUUAGAAGAAUGUGCACAAUUGAGGAGAAGAGGACGAAAAGCUAAUUUGCGCAUUGGAAACAAAUCUCUGGAAGAUAUGUUAGCUGAUUACACUGACACAAAGGACCAUGUUGCAGAUUGCUCGAAGAAUUACCCAGCAUCUUUUAGCAAAGUAUCAAGUACAGAUAGUUUGUAUGAACAGGUUAAAAAAAUAACAUCAAUUGUUAUUGAGGCUAAAGAUUUAGUUAACCAGGGCAAGUCAGUAGGUAUCAUUGGUAAAAAUUGGCAGACCGGCCGCACACGUCGGUUGCAGAAAGAGCUGCAGAAGUCGUCAUCAGCCUUCAGCACACCAUGUAAAACUGUCUUGCUGGAGAUAAACACUACACCUGCAGAAAGUCUCCCUGGAUCAUCAUCUUGUGAACCAAUCCGUGUAGAAAUUAUGCCAGGGGCUCAUUCAUCACGUGUAGAUGAGCCAAAUCCUUGUGGUUCCAUUAGCAGCAGUCCUCUUGCCACUCCUCCUGCAGACAUUCACACAAACAUAGAUGAUAUAGAUAAUUCAAGAGGAGACACUAUUGGUGGAGGGACUACAUCAUUGCCUUUAAUUGGUCCAGAGUUUGACCCAGCACCUCAGAAAAGGAAAGGUAACCAAGUUAAAAGAAGAAGCCAGGCCUCGGACCAUAUAACAAAUGGAAUUAGUCCAAUUUUGGACAGUGAAGCCAGUUUUGAGAAGAUACUUAAAAAUCUAUUUGAGAAUACAGCCCUUCAUGAGAAAAUAGCAGAAAAUAUCAAUAGAGGACUAAGUAGCCAGAGUAAAACUAGUGGUAUUGAAGAUGGUGGUGAUGAAGAGUCUUGUGCUACCACAGCUCUUGGCAAUGACACUAGUGGCAGUAAUAGUAAUAAGAACAAAGGAGUUUGCACUAGUAAUACCAAAGGAAGUCCUGAUGACAGUAUUAGACGUAAAAGCAGUGUAAAUUAUUCGUCCAUGAUUUCCAUUGGGGAUAUGACCCCCAUCAGAGAACUGGACCACAUUGUCUCUGAAACUACAGCAGAUCCUGCUUUUGAGUCUCUUCUUGACGAAGUUUUUGGUUCUGGUACUCCACAAUCAACUUCAUUGAAAAGUAAUGGCUCCUCCCAGUCUAACAAUGGCUGUAUGCAGGAUACCCCAUUGACAGCAUCAAGACUUCUAUCAACACCAGUACCACCAUCAACUUCAGCACUCAAACAAAUUUCAAUGCUUUAUUCUCCUACCUCCCAUUCUCGUCUCCCAUCUUCUACCCCUAACAACGUACGUUCACCUAUGUCUCAUUUAUUACCUGCUUCCCCACUAAAUCAUUCAUCAGUGUCUGAAGCAGCUCAUAAUCGUUCAUUGCCAGAGGUUACUUCACAGUAUGCGCAGCCUCCCGAAGAGUGUUUGCUAGCCUGCUCUCCUCCAGCCUCCCCUUCUCCUCCACAGGCAGUUGUACAAGUUUCAAACACAUCAUCAAAAACAUCCAAUAAGAAAAAUAAGAAAUUACCAAGUAGUGAGCCAAUAGGUGUAAAGGGUCGGAUAACAAGAAGUGCUGCCAGAAGUUUUCAGUCAGUGGCUUGUGAAGGCAGUACUCAAAAUAUUGCUCCAUCUGGCCAAAAGACCUCUUCACUCAGUUCACCGGAUGCUAUUCCGUCCAAAGCCUUAUCGACGAAUUCUCCUGUAUUACAAAGUCUCAAAUCCAAAAGCAAAAGAAAGAAUUCCAAGUCAAUUAAAAAAAAAAUAAAGGAAGAUGAAAAUAAUCUUGGGGAACAACUUUUACAAGAAUUUGCUGACUUUCAGUCUUCUCGGCCUGAUAAACUUAAUGAAUGUGAAGGUGGUGGUGACUCAGGUGAGAGGGAGUCUGCCACACCUAGAAAAAGAUUAAGUAAAUGUGAUGAAGAAGAUCAAACUCCAACUAAAGAAAAUAAAUUUAAUGCUUGUUCUGCUGUGCCCAAAAUAUCUGGAGAUGUGCUUAUUUCAGGGGUUCCAAGUGAAGCUGGUGCUUGUAUGGCUGAAAACUCUGAUGAGCACUCUCCUUUCCUUACUGGUCACAAGGCAUCUGUGUGUGAUGAUGCUCCAGCUGAAGAAUUAGCAACAGCACCCAGUAUAUCUUGUCAUGUUAGUUCAGCUAGCCCAGAUAAAAGUAACAAUUUUGCAUCUGACAUACAGGCAACAGAAAGUGUGGGACAAAAAUCAGAUUCAGUCCAGGAAUCCUUGCCAGUAACAGAACCUUUGCAUGUUCUACCAUAUAGUGAAACUCUUGAAAUUCUUGAACCUUCUGCAAAUUAUGAGAAUGGUCUAGGUCUCUUAACCACUGUACCUUCAGCUGUCCUUCCAGUGCGAAGUAAAACAAUACCAGGUAUUGCUACGUCUGUUAGAGUGUGCAAUAGCCAGCUUGCUGCGACACGCAAUGAUAAUUAUACUUUAUCCGAACUUACUCCAGUAAAUUUAGAAGGAUUUCCUUAUGUGGAAGGUUCAUACUAUGUGGAUGAAGGAACAGGAUUACUAUACCCUGCAUCUAUGCAAAAUGUGGCAUCGGGCAAUGUUGAAUUAGCAGGUUUGGCUGCAGCAUCUGUUUGCCCUUUCUCAAACUCACUAAUAACAAGAAAUGAUUCUGCUGGACUUGCUCCAAGUCUUUCUGGCAUUAGUGUCUUCACCUCAAGACAAGAUGAACAAGGAACAGAGCUCACACAACACGUCCCACAGAUUAUUAAUGGAAAUGAUAGAGAUAUCACUACUAUUCUGCUUCCACCAAUCCCAGAGGAAGCGAUAAAUAAUGGGCAUAUCAUUACAUUUGCUAGUGGACAGGAAAAUGCAGAUGACCAAGCUACAAUAAUAAUGAUGCCACUUUCCUCGUAUUCAACCUUACCUCAGUUUUUUGGGAUGGGUUAUGGAGGUAUGAGUUAUAACCAGUGUGAUUCGAGUGUAAUUAAGACAAAACCUUUUGCAUCACAGCAGACACCUAGAGCUUGUAUAAGGAGGAAAAUCACAAAUGCUUGGAAAAAACCACCUGUGCUUAUUGCCCCAAAGUGUGAUGCACCAAGAGUUCAUCAUGCAGAGGCUUCAGUUGCUGCUAAUGGAAAAUCUGAAGGAACUUUUCAACCUGCCACUACCUACGUCUUGCCCAAUAAUGUAAGCUUCUCUCUGCCAGAUGUUAAGAAGACUGAUGGACCUCUUCAAGCUAACAACUCCAAUAAGAAAAGCAGAGCAGCGAGUAUAAAAUCUACUCAAAAGUCCCCCGUAGGGUGCAAGAAAGCACCACUUGGGAGACACGUUGAUAUGACUAAGAUUAAAAAGCGGGGCAUAGGGAAAGCUGGAAAAAGAACAAAACGAAUGCAAACAAAGCUGGAGGAAUCUGUGUUAAGUAGCAAUAUUGUAGCAACAGCUUUUUCAUUUGCUCUUAAUUCAGUAACUCCUGUUAAAGCUAAUGAGGUGCUUGGUACUCAAAUGUCAAAUAGACAGUCAGAUAUAGUAACUGCCUCACCACUCAGAGAAGAGGAGCCUCAUGCUGUAAAGGACACUUCAAAAGAUUCUUCAUUGGUUCAUAAUAGCUGUACUGAAACAUUACCUCAUACUUUUCAAAAUGAUGUAGGUGAGGACCAGGAUCAGAAAGAAACCCCAGAACUAAAAACAUUAGAAACAGGAUCACAUAAUGAUAGAGGUGCUAAUGCAGAAAUAAGAGUUGAAUGUCUCAGUGAUGAUGUUUGUAGCACUAAAGGCCAAAAAGAAAUUUCAGGUUUAAAUUUGAAUGUGAUACAAACUUAUAGUAAUGAUUCAUCAGAUUUUUCAGUCAAUAAAUGUAAUACAGGCAGGUCUCCAAAACUGAAAGCCCUUCUUCAACUCUCACAGAGUAUUUCUCCAUCAAAGAAGUUUAUUGCCAGAACAACAAAGAAGGGAAGCCAGAGUACUCCAAGUUACAAGAACAGUCAUGUUAGAGUUCUAGAUUUCAGCACACCACAAAAGUGUAAAAUACCCAGCAGAGCCCCACGGAAAGCUAUAGCCAACUUGAAAUUUUCACCUCCAUUAAACAAAAGAUCACCAAAGAGAACAGUUAAAGUGCCAUAUUCAAAGCCAUUGAACAUUGCUAAAAAGAUAAUAGAAGAUAAAGAUGCAGGAGAAAUUGGAAAAGAAACUAAGUCUAGUAAAAAAUCUAUAAAUAAGGAAUUGUCAAACCAAAAACCACUAAGUUUAUCCAGGUUAAAACAAAACGGAGUUAAGACAGAUAGUAAUUGUUCUAAUAGUACAUUAAAAAGUGACAAUUUAGACUCUGUGAGGGGUAUAGCACAGGCAAGUAAACAGUUGGAGUGUCAGUUAGACAUAGAAGAGGAGGAGAAUUUAGUUUUACGCAUUGACGAUGACGAUAGCGAAAGUUCAGAUGUUGAAACUCAAGCUACAGAUGUAGGUAGUAUGGAACUUAUUGAUUUGCACAGUAAAGCUGGUAGUUUUGAGAAUCUAACACAAAUUCUCUCUGAAGAAUUUAACCAUAAUCAAAACAAUGAAGGUUGCAUUAACAAUUCUAAAGGUUUUAAUACAGAUUUUAUUUUGUCAGCAAAUAUACAAUCAGAAAAUGUUGAUUCAUCUAACGUGUUUGGUCAGUGUGAUAAAGUAAAAAUAAAAAACCUGAACACCCCAUGUAAGGCUGGUGAACUUUUAUCAUCAAACUGUAGAGAGUUGCUCCCCAUGACUCCUGUGUGCUUAGAACCUACAACCCCAUUGUUCCCUGGUGAGCAUGGAGCUCUGUGUCAGGAGGAGAGGGACCUUAACACUCCACUUCCACCCAUUGUUUCCCAAAUGACUGCAGACUCGUCCCCACUAAUCAAAGAAUAUCCUCGUGGGCCUUAUUCAAACAGCUCAGUAGGCACUUCAUAUUACAUGCCAUCAGAGCGCUCCUUAACAACAGACUCUGACAUACGCUCACCUUCCAGGUUAGAAACCGUGUGGGAAACAAGUGUAAUAGAAAAUUUGAGCACUAACGUUAGUGUAGCUAACAGCAGUCCUGAUUGCCAAAAAAUACAAUUGGGCUCUCACAUAAGCUCUACUAAAAUGUCAAGGAAAUCAAUGGGGGAGGUAAUUGAGAAAGAGAUGGUUAAGUUGUUUUCAGAUGAUGCUAGAAGUACACAUUUGAAUGUUCAAGCUGAAAAGUCAAGUAGUCAUUCCCAUUGUUCUACAAAAAUUGAACUUUCGGACAAAAAUGAGAAAAAAAUCAAAGAUCCUGCAAAAGGUAAACAAGUCAACAAGAAAAGAAUACCAUCAAAGAAAUACCAAAGUCUUGCUGAAUUGGAACAUUCUGAAGAUGAAGCUGACCCUAAACUCAUAGUGCUUACUAAUCCUAGUGUGAAUAAAAAGCCCAGGUCUUUGAAAAACACCCCUAGGACUAGAAGCAAAGUCAAAAAGGACAGAAAGUUGGUUAGAAUUACACAAGAUAAUUUUAGUGAACCUGGUGAAAGGAGCAUAUCAGCUUGUGAACAAAGUACUCUGGAGGCAAGAAUACUGGUGCAGAACACAGUUGAGGAUGAAUAUAAGGAAAUUUUUUCAUCACAACAGAGUACACAAAGUACUAAUCAUUUUAGAAUAUCUGCCAGAAGGAAAAGAGGUGAAGCUAUAUUAACAGAUACUGAUAAAUCUGUGGAAAAUAAGGAGUUCAGAAGUACAAGUAAUGAGGUUUUGAAGCAAAAGAUAUGUAAUAUUAAUGUUUAUUGUGAGAGCACUACAAAGGUUUCUUCCCGGGUAAAGGAAGAUAAAAAUUCGUAUUCAGGUAAUACAUUAAAGAAAUCCAUCUUUGAUUCUGUGAACAAAGAUUCUAAAAAUAAAAGUAAAACAAAAUGUACUCAUGUUAAUACAAAGUUGAAAACAAGUUAUGGCAUGUUUGGCUCUGAUAUCAGCUUAACAGAUGAGUCAGAAUCUGAAAUUCCAGAAACUAAUAGAAUAAAACCACUGGAGAAAAAUUGCAAAAAUGUGCUUGUGAAGACUAAGAAAACACCUGACAAAGAUCUUGGGAAAAGAAAUAAGACUCGUGCAAGAGGACGUGGUCGAUCAAGGGGUCGAUGUCGAAAAUCUGGAUUAUCCACAACUGAGCCAGAGGAAAGGUCUUCUACAGUGAAAUCAGGCAGGGCUACAAAGGGUGGUCAAGUAGCCAACACAAGGCAAAGUGCACCAAGAGGAAGGGGUAAAGCUCUUUGUAGAGAGAGCAUUAGUGUUGAUGAAGUAACAAUAGAGGUUGUAGUUAAGGAUAUGAAUGCAUGUACUAGGGAGCCAUCUGAAGCACAGCCAUCUGACAGUGUAAUAGUAAAUGAAACAAAUAACAAUAGAAUUAGGACUGGCAGAAGGGGCAGAGGGAGAGGAAGAAAGUCUGUAAUUAAGAACAGAAGACAUGCUGCAACCUCUCCAGAUAUGACAACUCAAAUACCUAGAAAUGAAUUAAAGCUGUUAGAUAUUGUUGAAUUUCAUGAGCUUCCUGAAAUUUACGAUUAUAUGAUUGAAGGUGCUGGCAGAGACAGUGAACAUUUUGAAAAUAAUGUCCAUGACCAAUCUUUAAAUCCGAAUCACUCGAAAAAUUAUAUGACUCCUUUUUCUUCUUGGGGUUGUAAAUUAAAAAGAAAGCAGUCAAAGCCAUUUAGUUCCCUAUCACCCAAGGAUCUUAAAGCUCGUUGGUCAUCUAGCCUGGCACUCCAUUCGUCUACCUCUGAUGUUAACAUUACUGAUACAGAGGAUGAAAGUCCUAAUAAAAUGUGGCGUCAGGCCACACCUGAACAAGUCAUCUUCCACACCAGGGUUGUUAAGGAUAAUAAUUUAUGUGUUCGUUCAUCUUCUGGAUGUGCUCGCACUAUUAUAUACAAAAAGGAUGCCUCUGCAGUAUCCCUUCAUCGUCAUUCUGAGAGAGAGCUUGGCGAGAUUCAAAAUGUUACACCGAAGCACUCUAGGCAUCAAAGGAUAGCUAGUACUGGAUCAUAUUCUGUAGAAUAUGUACCUGAUCUUGCAUGUCCAACAGCCAAGGAUAUCUAUUCAGAUGAUUCAUUUAAAAAUGAAUUACCUAGUAGUGUUGAUCCCUUGAUCUCUGAUCAACUGAAUUUGCAAAAAGAUAAAACUGGAGUAAUUGUUACAGCCUCAGAUGUCCCACUCAGUUCUGAUAAUGUCAAAGAUGGUAAGCCAACAGUAUUAUUAGCUACAGAUAAUGUAGGUGACUCAGACAGUAGUGUCAGAUGUGAUAAUGCAAGUGGUGUCCAAAGUGAAAUAAUAACUCUUUGUGCACAGGAUAGUGAAGGUGUAGCAUUAAUAUCUGCAGCAGCUGUAGCAUCAUUAUUAAAUAAUAAAAGCCUCUUGGAAAUAGAGAAACAGAUUGAAAUUUCAGAUCCGACUUGUAGGAGUAUCAGUACUUGUGAAAUAGAUGCAAAUGUGUCGCAGAAAGCAGCAGCUGAAGAGACUAGACUGAGACAGAGCACACUGCUAAAUUCACCUGAAGAAAGUAAUAAUGCUGAUUCACCACCCAGGUCAGUUGAGAGCACUGGUGAUUUAUGGGAAUCUUCAGAGAAAGACUGUUUAAUGACCUAUAAGCAUUUACCUUUAACCCCAGAAAAGAAAAUGGGCCAAAUUUGCCAUUCAAUUGUUAAGAAAAAGAAAGCAUUAGUUGCUUUUCCAUCAAAUAUUGUUAUGCAUCCAAAAUAUGUGAAAAGUGCCACUAGUCCUCAGCAUAACAGUGAUACUGAAGUAUUUACCACAGGUGCUGAGGAUACAGAGCCCAUUUUGAGUAUGAAUAAAGACAAAUCUCGAAAGAAUACACAUUCUCUGCAUUUUGAAGAUGAAAGUACAAAAUUAUCUUCAUUGGACAUAAAGAUGAUAAAUGUAAAUUCAGAUGUUAAGAGAAUAAGUAUUUUUCAUAGUCCUGGGGAAACCUCAAUUCUAAAACACCUGGAGGAUAACUCUCUUACCUUGAAAUCAAUUGAAGUUGUAAAUGCAGAUGACAUCCCUGCCAAACUGUUAGGCUCUGACAGCCAGAAGCUAAAUGCAGAAUAUGACAGUAAGAGUAAUAGUGAGAAAACACUCAUUGAUGCUGGAAGUAGUGUAUCACUACCCAGUGAGGCACUCAUUAUGAAUAGAAGAGAACCACAACAUGUGCAAAUAGCUCAGCAACACGAGCAUAAUCAAUAUCUUGAGAACGACGUACCGGAACGGCACUCACAAAAGCACAUAGACAUUGAAAAUUUUAACCAGUUCAAUGACACAGUUUCAGAGUGUUUGAAAAGCUCAAGUAAUACAAAUUUAAGAGAAAAUGGUGGUGAUAGUUUAAAUCAAAAUAUACAAGACAAAAAUGUUAAUUUCAAGCAAAAAAGUGGAAAAGACUGUUUUUCAAAACCUGAUAAUAACUUUGAUAAGACAGAAGAGGAGGAAGAUAGUGAUGUUUUGAGGAUUGAAGUCCCUUCUGAAAAUGAAAAUGAGGAUAGUGAUGAGUGGACAGAUUUAUUAACCUUAAAAGAUUCAAAUUUUAUAGAUUUGUUCAGUUUAAAUUUAGAAAAUGAUAAACAGAGAACUAAAAUAGUAAGUGAUAAACCUAGAAAAAGACAAAGUAUGUUGAAACAAUUGACCUCAAAAACUAUAGAAAGUAAAGGCACAAUAAAGGGCAAAGUAAAACAAAAUUUAAUAUCAAGAGAAAAGCAUGAAGUAAAUAAUUUAAAGAAAAAUGUGGGUAGAAAAAAGAAUGAAGAAGGAGCAAGGAAAAAUUCAGCACAAACUGAGAGAGACAUUCAGUUAAUUGACAAUGAAAAGACAGACUUAUCAUGUAGAAAUUUACAAGCUGUAAUUAAUUUAGGUGAUGAAAAGCUUAAUUAUGAUGAUGGUAUCUGUGAGUCAAGUGAUAAGGAAAAACAUUUUACAAAUAGGAAAAGACUGAAAGAGGAUUCCUUUGAAGAGAUGACUAAAUUAAUGGAAAAAAUGGAACCUCAGCAAAGCCCCCAUAAGAAGAGACGAAGAAUUCAGCCAAUCAAGAUAGGAGAGGUAGAAAAAUACCCUAGGCAGUCAGGAAAAUUGUGGCUGCAGAGAAAAAGAAGAAGUCUGUUUUGUGAAUUAGAAGAGAAUGAAGCUAAAACUGGAAGAGAAUCAUGCCAUCAACAUGGUGAGCUGGAGGAUGCAAUUUUCAACUUGUAUGAGACAGUUACUGGACCUGAAUCUGACUCCUUGAGGCGUGAGGUACUCUUAGGCUCAGGAAACUUGAGUGAACGCAGUGUCAGUUCAUUGUCAAGUGCGAGUCCUGGGCGUCUUCUCAUCUCGGAGUCCCCAAGGGGUGUUGAUACUUCUCCAACUGCACAUACUGAUCCAGCCAUGGUCACCUUGCAUCAAUCUGAACCUGCUGCAUCAGCUUCACCUUUCACUAAGUGUCAGUCUGCCAAGGCUAGUAAUCUUGAUUGUCUUACUACCCAGAGCACUCCACUGGCUGCCACUACACCUCAAGUACAAAUCACUCAUUGCAAACCAUCAACUAACAGUCUAGAAAGGAUCCAGGAAGAUGCUAAUGCUGAUGGUGAACAGCUGUCUAGAGCAACAAAUAGCUAUAUCAUUGAAUCUGAAACUUCAAGAGAACUUGAAGAGGAUUUUGGCUGUGGAAGGUACACAUUCAAAUUAUUUAUUAGAACUUGAGGGUUGCACAUUUUGCAUCAGGAGAACAAUUAGCUUUUCUUUUUUACUUAUCAACUUUUCUUAAUUAACAAAUCAAAACUAGCAUUGACAUUUUGUUCCUUGAGAACUUUGAGAGCUACUCAAGUUGUUUCAUGUAGAGUAUGGGCAGUCCUGGUUGAACAAAGUACCAUAAGAAAUUAACUGUUUGUAGCUACAGGAGCAGAGCCAUGCUUGUGGUGUCCCUUUUUCAUUAUUAUUGUAUUUUUUACCUCAGCUGUCUUCCACAAAGGUAGGGUGACCCAGAAAAUGAAACACAUUCACCAUCACUCAUUCAGCUGCUGUCUUGCCAGAUGAUGCUCUGAACUUAACAUCCUCACCCCUCCUCUAGAGUGCGAGCACUGCCCUUCCCACCUGAAAUUAAGUCCAGAUAAUCAGUUUCUCAUGAAUUCCUUCUUAAAUGAUACCUUGCUUAUUCCUUCAGAUUGCAGGCACUGCCCUCUCAAUCUCCAGGACUCAGAUCUGGCUAACCGGUUUCCUUGAAUCCCUUCAUGAAAGUUACCUUGCUCAAAUUCCAACAGCAUGUCCAUUACAAAAAAACUUAAAUCUCCAUUCACUCCUAUCUAAAACACUCACACAUGCCUGCUGGAUGCUAAGACCACUAAAACUCAAAACCCCUUUUUACCUCCCUCUCUCCAAUGGUUCCUGUGAUGAUAUCUAACCCUCUUACUUUCCACCCCAGAUUCAUACACCCUCUUCAUCAACCUACCUCUAUCCAUCUUCUCUACAUGCCCAAACCACUUCAACAACCUCUCAUCAGCCCUCUGAAUUAUACACUUUUUUUUUUUUAUUUUUUUUUUAUUAUCACACUGGCCGAUUCCCACCAAGGCAGGGUGGCCCGAAAAAAGAAAAACUUUCACCAUCAUUCACUCCAUCACUGUCUUGCCAGACGGGUGCUUUACACUACAGUUUUUAAACCGCAACAUUAACACCCCUCCUUCAGAGUGCAGGCACUGUACUUUCCAUCUCCAGGACUCAAGUCCGGCCUGCCGGUUUCCCUGAACCCCUUCACAAACGUUACUUUGCUCACACUCCAACAGCACGUCAAGUAUUAAAAACCAUUUGUCUCCAUUCACUCCUAUAAAACACGCUCACGCAUGCCUGCAUGAGGAACAGCUCAAAACUCGAACAGUUAUGUAAGUGUAUCUAUGUGAGUGCUUUUGUAAGUAUAUUUUUGGGGGUCUGAAACGGAUUAAUCUAAUUUACAUUAUUCCUUAUGGGAACAAAUUCGUUCGGUAUUGGCACUCGAACAGCCUUCUCGAAUGAAUUAAGUUCAUAUCCCGAGGUACCACUGUAUUUCAUUUUAACCCUAUCGGGGUGGGUCCCAUUGUACUAUGGCUUUGAAACCCGGGUUGGUCCCUUUGUUUUAUGUGAUGAGCUCUGCUCUCUCAGAUAAGCUGUGAGCAGUAAUUUGGGCCUAGAUAUGAGAGAAUGGGUCUAUGUGGUAAGUAUGCACCAUAUAAAAAAUCCUGCAGCAUGCAGUGCACAAUUAGAAAAAAACUGCAAUCGUGUUUUUUGCUUAAAAAUAUGAGUUUUGCAGGGUAUUUUCGUAUGGUUUUUAUGGUUAUAUUCUUGGUUUCUUGAUCUCAUUUGAUAGAGUGGAGGAUAUAUUACAGAAAUAGAGAUAAUUUUGAUUGAUUUCAGGACAGAGAGUAACUUGAAAUUGAGCUCAGAGUAGUGGUAAUGUUCAAUUUUUUCCAAUA